AUGAAGCUCCUCAUCUUACCAGCUUCAUUGCUAUACCUUGCCUUCACCACCGCAUCGCCUCUUGCAAAGCGAGACUACCCUGCAGUCGGCGCCUGUUCCGGACAAUGCUCUGGACGCCUUCACGACCCGAGUGUUGUCUACCGUGCAGACACCAAGACCUACUACCGCUUCGCCACGAAUGAUGGCAUCAACACCGCAACCGCCCCCCGCCUCAGCGGACCAUGGACUUUCCAAGGCCCAGCCAUGCCAGACGGCUCCAGCAUCGACCUGCCAGGGAACCAUGACCUCUGGGCUCCCGACGUCUUCCACCUCGACAACACCUACUACCUCUACUACUCCGUCUCCCAAAUGGGCUCCAUGAACUCCGACAUAGGCGUCGCCACCUCCCCCACCAUGGACCCGGGCUCCUGGACCGACCACGGCAGCAUCGGCAUCCCCAAAGACUCGCGCUACAACAAAAUCGACGCCAACCUCUACUUCCCGUCCGGCGCCUCCGCCCCCGUCCUCAACUUCGGCUCCUUCUGGCAAAACAUCUUCCAAGUCCCCAUGAACAACCCCCCACUCACCAUCUCCUCCCCAACCGCCACGCACCUCGCGCAAAAUACCACCACUCGUCCCGCAGGCCUCGUCUCAGGCUCCAUGGAAGGCGCCUACCAAUUCCAAUGGAACGGCUACACGUACCUCUUCUUCUCCUCGGGAAACUGCUGCAACGAACCCGCCAACGCCACGAACCCGGACCAAUCCCUCGCCCCAUCUGGCGAAGAGUACCAUAUCAUGGUCUGUCGCUCGUCCUCGCCAUCCGGCGGCUUCGUCGACCAGCAAGGCCGGGAUUGUCUGACCGCCAACGGCGGCACGAUGGUUCUGGAGAGCCAUGGCGACGUCUAUGCGCCUGGAGGACAGGGGGUUAUGUAUGAUCCGAAUCUGGGCGCGCCGGUGGUUUAUUACCAUUACGUGCGGCCAAGUGUGAGUUAUGCGUAUGAUGAGUUUUUCUUUGGCUGGAAUCGGUUGAGUUUUGCGGGUGGGUGGCCGGUGGUGGUUUGA